GCUUCUGUUUGUAAUUGCCAUUACUAACAAAAGUAUAACUAUUUUAAACAUACUAUCUCAAGUCCUUUCAACUUCAGAUAGAUUUGUACCAGUUUUGCAAGUUUUUCAAUAUGAUUAAGGGAUGAUGAUUGACAAAUAGCCUUGGAUUUAAACCAUCAUCACCAUUUUUGUGAUUUAUUCUUUAUAGGAAUAACAAGUUGUGCAACAGUAAGCAUCCUGGUAUUUUAAAAGAAUUAGUCCAAGAAGCAAGUGUGAGAAGAGUGGCUGUGGUUUCAAGAUAAAACUCCGAAUUAUAGCAUCCCUUUGUAAAGGAGUUUGUCACUACAUGAACACACAGUUAAACAUUAAGCAAAAGCAGUUGGAUUUUUAAAGGUUUCGUGGCAAUAUUCAACAGUCGAUUGAUAAAUUUAAGACAGAUGUCAGUGUUAGUACUUUUUGAAACCAGUUCAGCGUUUCUUUUACCAAUAAAAUUUACAAUAGUUGCACAUUUGAACUAAACAUUCUAUUAUGCAUUUUUAAUUGAAUCUCUUGAAUCAAAAGAAAAUUUGUAACAUCAUUUAUUUAGUGGCUAGCAACUAUAUCCAGCUAAUAGUAAAUUUUAAGAAAGAACAAUUAGUA